AUGGACAACGGCCUGGUUGACUAUUCACCCCACCAUCCCACCAAGGCGGAGAGGAUUGAGACUGCCUCCAAUGUCAUUCUGAUCGAUAACUAUGACUCGUUCACCUGGAAUGUCUACCAGUACCUCGUCCUGGAGGGUGCGACCGUCACCGUCUACCGCAAUGACAAAAUCACCCUGGAGGAAUUGAUCGCAAAGAAGCCGACUCAGCUGGUUAUCAGCCCCGGGCCGGGCCAUCCAGACACUGACUCUGGUAUCAGCAAGGCGGCCAUCGAGUAUUUUAGCGGUAAAAUUCCCGUGUUUGGGGUUUGCAUGGGCCAACAAUGCAUCAUUUCCUGCUUUGGCGGCAGGGUCGACGUGACUGGGGAAAUCCUGCACGGCAAGACGUCCAUACUGAAGCAUGACUCUAAAGGCGUUUACGCGGGCCUUCCACCUUCCCUCUCUGUCACCAGAUACCACUCAUUGGCAGGGACCCAUUCGACCAUCCCCGAUUGCCUCGAAGUGUCCUCCUGGGUAAACUUGGAUGGCGAUGGCGGCAAGGGCGUCAUCAUGGGCGUCCGGCACAAGGAGUUGACCGUGGAAAGUGUUCAGUUCCAUCCCGAAAGCAUUCUCACGGAGCACGGAAGGACAAUGUUUCGGAACUUCCUCAAGUUGCGAGGAGGUACCUGGGAAGAGAACCGACGGUUGAAUGGCGAGUCCACGCAGGCUGCAGGGAGCAAUGGCACGGUUCCUGUGAACGCCAAUAGUGAUGCAAAGCAAGGAAAGAAGACGUCUAUCCUGGUAACAAUCUACUCUCAUCGGAAGGCGGCUGUCGCAGCCCAGAAGUUGAUCCCUUCCCAGCGGCCUGAAGAUCUCCAAGCCUCCUAUGAUCUCGGAAUCGCGCCGCCACAGAUAUCGUUCCCUGCUCGUCUAAAGCAGUCUCCAUACAACUUGUCGCUGAUGGCAGAGAUCAAACGUGCGUCACCGUCGAAAGGGAUAAUUGCGGCCUCAGUCUGUGCUCCUGCGCAAGCCAGGAAGUAUGCCGCAGCUGGCGCUAGCGUUAUUUCGGUCCUGACAGAGCCGGAAUGGUUCAAAGGAAGCCUGGACGACCUGCGCGCCGUGCGGCAGAGCUUAGAGGGUCUGCCGAAUCGGCCUGCAGUCUUGCGCAAAGAGUUUAUCUUUGACGAGUAUCAGAUAUUGGAAGCGCGUUUGGCUGGCGCUGAUACCGUGCUGCUUAUUGUGAAGAUGCUUAGUGUUGACCUGCUGAAGAAACUGUACAACUAUUCCCGAAGUCUGGGAAUGGAACCUCUUGUCGAAGUCAACACCCCGGAAGAAAUGAAGAUUGCCGUGGAACUGGGUGCUCAGGUGAUCGGAGUCAACAACCGUGACCUCACGAGCUUCGAGGUCGAUCUGGAUACGACCAGUCGUCUCAUGGACCAGGUACCAGACACAACUGUGGUUUGUGCUUUGAGCGGAAUUUCCGGACCGAAGGAUGUCGAAGCUUACAAGAAGGAUGGUGUGAGGGCUAUUUUGGUUGGCGAGGCCCUGAUGAGAGCAAAGGACACUGCUGCUUUCGUUUCUGAGCUUCUGGGUGGCAGUAUAAGGGAUGCACCUACACCUCCGCCCCUGGUAAAGAUCUGUGGCACCCGGUCCCCAGAGGCAGCUCGUGCCGCCAUCGAAGCUGGUGCCGACUUGAUCGGCAUUAUACAGGUGGAAGGACGCAAGAGGCGUGUUUCAGACGAGGUUGCCUUGCAAAUUUCGCAGGUUGUCAAAUCGACACCGCGCCCAGCGACGCAACCAAUCCCAGGCUCACAACACAAUCAAAACUACUCCUCGACCGAAUAUUUCGACUAUUCUUCCAGCGUGUUGCGCCACCCUACUCGCGCAUUGCUGGUCGGUGUUUUUGCCAAUCAGCCAUUGUCCUACGUUCUGGAACAACAGCGGAAAUUAGAUCUUGAUGUAGUUCAACUGCACGGGUCUGAACCGGUAGAAUGGGCCAGCUUGAUUCCUGUACCGGUUAUCCGAAAGUUUGGUCUUGGUGAGCCGGGUCUGGCGCGUCGAGCAUAUCACACUCUGCCGCUAUUGGAUUCUGGAGCUGGAGGCUCUGGCGAACUUCUGGAUAUAUCCGGCGUGGAAAGAACGCUCGAGAGCGACGACGGCCUUCGUAUCAUCCUUGCUGGCGGCCUAAAUCCGGACAAUGUUGCUGAGACAGUGAAGAAGCUGGGCAAAUCGGCGAAGAAGGUCGUCGGGGUCGACGUGAGCAGCGGCGUGGAGACGGACGGCGCUCAGGAUUUGGACAAAAUCCGAGCUUUCGUCAAAGCCGCCAAGGGGAUUCAAUUAUGA